UACAAGUCUUGAGCUGGCUCAAAGAUCGCGAUCAAGACAUCGUGGGCCUAGGUGGCGGGAUUCCGACGUUGUUGAGGAGACGCGAUGCUCCUCUUGCAGAACGAGAAGGGAAGGCCCUAGAACAACGACUGGGCGAAAUAUGUGCUGGGCAUGGUUAAGGCUGGAAAGAGAUUUCAACAGAGUCAACAAGAUGAAUCAAUAUCAACUCGACCUACCGUAAGUAACUUUGAUAGAGACAAACAAGCACAUUUCUUGUCAGGUAUAAAUAUUUCUUGUGUUGUACUACUACUACUAGUAAGUCUACUAAGAAGUAUAUUUAUAGGCGAUGGAGUAGUCUACUAGGCGAUGGAGUAGUCUACUAGGCGAUGGAGUAGUCUACUAGAAAGAAGUAUGUAUCUAUAUAAGUUCUUAUCGGCCCUGCAGUCCUCUUCUUACCCCUCUCUUACCCCUCUUACACUUCUAAGACAAGAAUGUUUCUUCACCUACGAAGAACGGUGUUGUACUAGAAGCAACGUUUAAAAAUGUUGG